AAAGAAGAAAGAUUUAAGCAGAGGGGAAAAAAACAUUAAUGCUAAAUACAUGAUAGAAUUAUUUGUAGUUCCUAUUUACUUGAAAUAUUUCUUCAAAUCCUACAUUUUCCCCACUUGUAGAAUGAAAGCAAAACAGUGCAGAUGAUGUUCAAGAAAGCAAAAUAUAAUAUGACCCACAUUUCGGCUUAUCAGACUUCUGUUCUUGAGAUCCCAUAUGUUGGUAAUGAGUUGAGCAUGUUCAUUCUGCUCCCUGGUGAGAUUGCAGAUAACUCUACUGGAUUGGAAAAGCUGGAGAGAGAAAUUACAUAUGAGAAACUCACAGAAUGGAUCAACCCAAAGAAGAUGUUCCCAAGAGAAAUUAACCUCUCCCUUCCCAAAUUUAAAUUAGAAGAAGAAUAUAAUCUGAAGCCUGUUCUGAGAAGCAUGGGAAUGACGGAUGCAUUUGAUGAGGGCAAGGCAGACUUCUCUGGAAUGUCAACUAACAAUGAUUUAGUCCUAUCUGAAGUUGUUCACAAAUCAUUGAUAGAAGUCAAUGAAGAAGGCACUGAGGCAGCUGCUGCCACUGGUGUAAUAAUAGUAUUUAAGAGUGCACAGCGUCCAUUAGAAUUCAAAGCUGACCAUCCCUUCAUCUUUUUUAUUACCCCAUGAUCUACAAACAGCAUCCCGUUCUUUGGUAGAUAUUCCUCUCCAUAAUGGGUGCACCCAGCAUAUGUUGGUACAAUGGCUCUGACCGUUAAUUCCUCAUCAGAUUUAAACCAUAUGGUACUGAACUUUCACUAUCACACUUACGAUCUUUUCUGUAAUUAGGGUAGAGAUAGUUCCUUCGUAAUACUCCAUAAUGCUGGAUUUUAAUUCUUUAUGUCCAGAAUUAUUUUUUAACCAAUUCGAGAAAAUAAGUUUUUAGUACAAGAGUUCUGAUUGGUAGAUAAAUUCUGCAAAAUUGCUUUGCUUAUAUAGGAAUGAGGGCUGUGGGCAGAAGUUGCUAAGCAUGAAUCAAGUGUAUUACAACAUAGAUGUAACUAUAUAUGUGCCCAGUAUACAUUUCCAUGUGAUGAUAUAAGUAC